AUGCAAGACACGCCAAGUCCCUCAAGCGUGCCCUCUAACAGCGGUCAUAGUGCUGUUACAGUGGGAGUUAACACAGCAUCCCUCAGCCUGCCGGCGCCUGAGCAUCUUCAUAAUGUAAACACAUUUUUGUGGGAAUUGUCGUACCAGUCAGUUACUGCGACCUUGUACGACCAUUCAGAGGCAUCUAUUACGCCUCUCAACCAGUAUCCCUCCUAUUUAUUCUCCGCUGACUCUGGGUCUCCAUCGCAUCCUCAACCGCCUCAUCUCGCAAAUGGAGACAUCAACCAGCAGCGAUCUACCUCACCAACAACGCCCGGAACCAUUGACUCUGGGCUCGCAAGUCCACGGCUCAAAAAGGUCCUUGUCACUAAAGAUCAGGGUAAACGACUCUCCGUGUGUCCUGACUGUCGCGCCUACACCAGCGACCGUUGCAAGGGGAACAGCAGAGAGAACGGAGAAUUCAUGAUCAUGGACGUCGAGCACGAUGCCGCUGCGAAACCUCGAGGAUGA